GGGUUUUCGGGAACCGGGGACGAGUCCUUAGUUUGACAGAUGACAGUUACUCUGCAUGACUGAUUCGAUGAAGUUUUUGUAAAGCUUAGAGAUUGCUCCUUUUAUCAAACGUCGUUUUCUCUUCAAUUCUAAUAAUGGUCCAGAAACUGAAAGCUGAAGGUUUUGACCAAUUCCAAACUGUUGUCAAUGAGGUUGAAAACAAGAACCCAAAUGGGGAAGUUUUUAUUCUGUUUUCAGGUUCCAAAGAUACAACAGUUUUCCUGGUAUUUGUAGGUCAGAGCUGGUGUCCUGAUUGUGUUGAAGCUGAGCCCGUAAUAGAGAAAGCUUUAGAAAGUGCCCCAGAAGAUGCAACUUUCAUAUAUGUUGGUGUUGGUGAUAGAUCCUUUUGGAAGGAUCCUAACUGUGUUUUUAGACUUGACAGCAAAAUCAAACUAACAUGUAUCCCAACAUUAAUUAAAUGGGGAACAAACAAGAGGCUACUUGACUACCAAUGCAACAACCUUGAUACUGUUCUUAUGAUGUUUGAAGAUUAACAUCCAUUCAAAUCAAACUUAGUCAACACUCGUAUUUUUGGUUUGAUUUCUGAUUCGGUUUAUGGUACUGGGUUUGGUGCAAAGAUUGUAUGUGUUGCAUUAAAGAUAUGGUAUUGAACUAGUCUUGCCAUUCCACGUCUUUUUAGUCAGCCGAUUUAGCAAAGUUAACUGGUAUACAUUGGGCUAUAAAGUGUAAUUUGAAAAUUUGUCCCAUCUUGCAAGCAAAAUGAAUUAUUUUGUUAUAUUGUCAGGAUUUGCACAACACUAUAAAGCUAAAAACAUUUAUUGACUAAUUAAUUUGUUGUAACGACAGCGUAUACUACCUUUAAAUCACAUACUGCAUCAUUAUCAUUAAAUCAUACUGAAAUUUCGUUAUGACUUCAAUACUUUUUUAACUAUCGCGCCUAUUAAUAUGGAAUACUGUGAUUUUUGGAGUGUAGGGAAAUUAUGUGCUAGAAAAAUAAAAUUUGUUAUCAGCAGGCUCUAACUAAA